AUGAUAAAUUUUUUUAAAAAGAAAAAUAAAAAUUCAGGUGGGAGUACAAAUAGUUCUAGUAAUACAACACCAUCAUCGUCAUUCUUUUCUUCUUCUUCAAAUACUUCAUCAACAUCAACAAACAAUAAAUUAUUUACAUCAAUUUCAUCACCACAAAUUAUAAAUAAUAAUAAUAAUAAUAAUAACAAUAAUAAUAAUUAUAAUAAUAAUUUAAAUAAUAAUUUAAAUAACCCUCCUCCUCCGCCACCAUAUCAAUUAAAUAAAAAUAAAAUAAAUAAUCAAAUUAAUAGUAGUAGUGAAAAUAAUAUAGUUAAUUCACAAAGUUGUAAUUUAGUAAAUAGUAAAAGUAAUAAUACUUCAUCAUCAGGUAAGUCGAUAUCAUCAGCAACAUCAAGUUCUAUAUCAGGAGAUGGUGGUGAUGCAAAUGGUUACAAUAUAAAUACAGUUUCAUCAAGAGGCUCAACAUCAUCACCUAUUCAAUUAAUUCAUCCAAAUUUAGAUUCUCCAAAUGUAGGUGGCGGAGGAGGUGGUGGUAAUAAAUCAAGGAUUAGAAUAUUUGGUAAAAAUUUAUCACCAUCAACAUCCUCAUCAAAAGAUAGUGGAAGUGGGUAUGCUGGUGGUGUUGGUAUUUUAUCAGAAAAAGAUAUAUUUCCAAAUGGUGUUAAAAGGCAAUUAAAAGGUGUAAUGUUAUUAGGUGAAGGUAAUGAUGACGUUUUAAUAAGAGCAAGAACUUAUAUAAAUCAACAAGGUGAAUUACAUUUUACAAAUGAAGAUUUAGCACAAUACAUGUUUCCAUUUGAUUAUGAUGAGGAUUCACAGGUACCAAUUCAAUUGAAAAUUCCAAAAAUCGUACCAAUGUCAAAACAUGGUUUAGAUAGUGACAGUGGUUCAUCAUCAGAUGAUGAAGGUAAUAAUUACCACCAUGGUGGUAUCAAUAGAUUCAAUCAUUUAAAUAAUAAAAACUUUUCAAAUAAAACUUUAUUAAAAGCAAGAUCUUGUCUUUCAAAUUGGGUACCUGAUUCACCAUUAAUCUCAUCCUACAGAUAUCAAUCUGAAUCUUCAAAUCUUGGUCCAAUUAAACAUAGUCAAAUUAUAAAUAAUAAUAAAGAUUUUAAAGAAUUUGCAAUAGAAUCACCAAAUUCAACUCUUAGUACAACUGAUUUAUUAUCCAAUCAAUUACAACAACAAUUACAACAACAACCACAACAUAAUUAUAAAAAUGAAGAAGAUAAUGAAGAAUCUAUUAAAUUUGAAAAUCAAGAAAAUGUUAAAACUGAAGAUAUUGAGAAAAUAGAUAAAAUUAGAGUUAGUUUUGGAGAGAAUGAAACUUUUGAUGAUAUUUCUGACGUUGGUUUUUCACCAAUUCCUGAUAAUAAUAUUAUUAAAAUAAAUAAAAGUAAUGAAAGUAAUAAAAGUAAUAAUGGUUGUGGUAGUGGUAGUGGUAGUGGUAGCAAUCUUUUUUCAAUUCAAUCACCUUCACUUAGAAAUGGUUUUACAAUUAGUGAAAAUCUUAAUAACCAAUCACCAAAACAAACUACAAUUCAGAGUAUAGUUUCAACAACAACUACAACAACCACAACAACCACAAGUACAGCUGGCACAAAUAAUAGUAAUACAACCAAUAAUAGUAUAAAACCACCAGCAACUCAAUUUAGUAUUUAUGAUUUUGUAAAACCACAAUCACAACCAGAAUUAAGUGGUAAUAAAAAACAAUCAUACCAUCAAAAGAUACUAUUUACAUCAUCACCAGCAGCUAAUUCAAUAUCUCAAAAUAUUUCACCAAUGAUAACUCCAAUAUCUUCACCAAUCGCUCCAAUUUUAAAAAAUAGAAAUAAUUUUAAUAAUAUGGGUAAUGGAAAUAAAAUUUCAAAAUUAUUAAUAUCUGAAAAUAAUAAUAAUUCACAAAAUGUUACACCAAAAUUGAAAUCAUUUAAAAAUAAAUUGGAUAGUGAAUUAUUACAAUCAUUAGAAGCAUUAAUUGAUUCACCACAAAAUGUAUCAAACUCUAAUAUUGAUAAUUGUUUUGGUACUGAUUCUCCUAGAUUAUUAUUAUUGUUAGAAGAACAAAGACAACAAGAGCAAAUAUUGAAAUUAAAAGAACAAGAAAACUUUAAAAAACAACAUCAACAACUUUUAGAAAAAGUCUCAAGUGGUUUAGAAACCCUAAGAAUUUCAAUUCAAGAUUUAAAAUUUUUAGAUUUAAUAAAUGAAUUUAAUUUAAAUGAUCAUCAAAAUAUAAUUGAAUUUCAAAAAAAUAAAAUUGAACAACAACAACAACAACAACAAUUACAACAACAAAAUAAUGAAAUUUUACAACAACAACAACAAAUUGUCAAUACAAAUAUUAACAAUGAAGAAAUCAUUGAUAAAGAUGAAAAGGAAUUGGAUACAAAUGAUGUAUCAUCAUUAUCUUCACUUUUAUUAUCACCUUCUUCUUCAUCAACUUUAUUAUUUUCACCAUGUAGUUCAAAUUCAAAUCUUAUUGAAGAUCAUCCAUUUGAUAUUUAUUCUCCACCUUUAUCUUUAUCAACCACUAAACAACAACAACAACAACAAUUAAUUUCAACAAAAUCACAAUCAAUCACUAUUGAAAAAAAUAAUUCAACCCAUCAUUUAUUUAAUAAUAGUUUUAUUAAUUUAAUAAAUAAUCAACAAUAG